AUGGUAGUUCUCUUUCUACUAACCAUUGGUUUACAAGUCAUGAUUUUUAACUUGGCACAAAGACACAACAAAAGAAUCCAGUUGGUCAAUCGUGUGUUAGAGCAUAACCCUCGCGGUGAAAAUAGCAGAGAAGUAUUGCGAACUAUUUCAAGUCCAAACAAAGCGGCCAAGACUAUUGGUCUUAUGUUAGCAAUCUAUGUAUUUUCCUGGCUACCUUCGACAUUAUACCGUUUGCAAUAUCACUGGUUCGGAGGAGAUCACGCGGCGUAUGUCGUUAAUGUAAUAUGGAUGAACACGUUGAUCCAAAUACAUUCCUGUAUCAAUCCAUAUAUUUUCGUUCUUCGUACGAAAGAGGUGAGACGUGGUGUCGAAAAUAUGUUGCGAAGGUUUGGCGUAAAUCGAGUUAUUCCAUUUUUGUCUGAUCAUCGUGAGAGUCAUCUCAACGGAUACAACCGAGGAGCGAUGAAUAAUUUGCAUAUCGGUGAGACCCACAGCGUUGAUGUGAAUGGCAACGAAUAUAAAGAAAGCGAAACUACCACUUCCAGCACCAACUCUAACCACACAAAAACAUAA